GUUGGUCUCCCGCUCGACGCUGCAAGAUCCACAGACGCUCGGAGGCGGGGGGCGGUGCGCGGUAUAUACGUACGAACCAACAGCUAGGGGGGCACGUUGCAUGCUCGCGGACUUUGUAAGUCGCACAGAACCGAUCGGCGCGCGGGGGCAGCGCAAACGCACUAUGCCCGGUCUGGAUUGUUCAAUCAAAGCCACGAACGAUGCUGCCGGCGGAUCGGGGGCUACUGGUGGUGGCGACGGAGAUGGCACGGUGUGUGUAGGGAGAGACUCGGCCGCAGCAGCCGCGGGCGGCCUAUGCAGUGGCUACCAGUCGCCGCCGCCGCCGCCAUGGGGGGGGAGUCAUGGUAUGCAUCAGCGCGUUGUGCACAGCGGUCGUGUCGUCGCGAGAUCGUUGGCCAGUGUGCAAGUGUAGAGACUGAAGCGAGAGGACCCUGGACGAUGACACCGCCGCAUCGCCACGCGAGCGGGCCUGACGCGCGUCGCCGCACG